UAUGCUUAAUAUUUAAUGCAUAUCUUAUGGCAAACCCAUGUGAAUAGCCUCUCCAGCUAAAUUCCACACACAUUUUACAAGAUUUUCCCCCAUCACUCAUGUAAUGCUUUCUCAUAUCUUUGGUUUUGGGUUUGCUAUUAGUUAUUGUACUCGCAAAAAAAAUGCUUUCUCUGCCCUCCUUUGUAGCGUGUAUUUUAUAGCAGAUACCUAUAAUUCUUGUUUUAGUUCAUGUUGAGAGCUCUUAGGCCUUAGCUUCUGAUUCGAGACUAACAUUUCACCAGAGGAGGGUUUUUAUUUCAUUAAUUGGGUAGUCUCCAGGAGUUUCCCUUUUCUUUUAAGUAAUUUUUUUGGUGUUUUCCAACAUUAGUAUUGCAUUUUUCCUUUAUUUUAUUUUGGCUAUGAUGGGUUUUUGGUUCUUUGUGAAUUCCUCAUGGAAGUUCUUCUGAUAGAGCACAGAAGGAUUUAUAUUUGUUUAAUAUUCUGAUAUUUUACGUUGAAUAUCAGAGUAGAAAAACUUGAGCAAAAUUCAACCAAAGAUUAGUUGUUAUUGAGAUGUGAAUUUGCAUUCCAGCAUGACAUCUUUCAGUAAGUUAGGUGUUGGUUUAGGCCUAGUCUUCGGUUGCCUUCUUUUAGCAAUUGUUGCAGAGCUUUACUACUUGCUAUGGUGGAAGAAGAGAAUCAGCAACAGAGAAGUUGAAGAAGAUGAUGGUUAUAGCAGCAACUAUGCUAAGGGAUUCUUUCAUCUUAUUUGCUGGAAAAAACCCUCCUUUUUCAGAAGUAACAUUACUCAAGAUGGUGUGAGAGAUCCAGAAGCCCCUUGCCAAGAACCAGACCAAGAAUUAGGCACAAGCAAAGAUUUGCUUAUAAAAGCAUUUGGUGAAGAAAGUGUGGAGUCUGAGAUCAUGAGGUUGCACAACCUUUGUGGUCCACCUAGAUUCCUCUUCACUAUAAAAGAGGAAACAAAGGAGGAUUUGGAGUCUGAUGAUGGGAAGUCCAGAGGCGAUAGGAGCAGAAAGGGGUCAAGGACAAGAAGCUUGAGUGAUCUUAUGGUGACUAUUGACACCCCAUUCCUUUCUCCUUUGGCUUCUCCACGUUUAAAAUCCCCUCCUGUCAAUGUUUUGGAUUCUUAUCAUCACCAUGGAUUCAAUCCACUCUUUGAAUCAUCAGUGGAAGCAGAGCUUAGCCGGCUGAGAUCUUCCCCGCCUCCAAGAUUCAAGUUCUUGAGGGAUGCAGAGGCGAAACUGUUUAGAAGGUUAAUGGAAGAAGCCGAGAAAAGGGCAUCUAAAAAUUGUGUUUCUGUUCAAGAUUCAUCAGAGAUUAAAGUAUCUAAUUCAACGAUGAUAACAGAAGAGACAGAAGGGUCUUUUCUAGGCUUUAUUGUUGGCAAGAACAAAGAAAGUGAAAUUCUACAUCAUCUACCACAAUAUCAUUCAAGUUCUUCUCAGGUACUCCCAUUGGCUUCUUCCCCUACAACAUUCAGACCCCUGGACAAGAAGCCCGUUAUGCAUUAAUUUAGUUUUCUUUAAAUUGACAUGAAAUGAGGCUUAGUUAUUCUUAUUACUUGCCAAGAAUCAAGCAAUAGUCUUACCUUUGGCAUUCUACGUUCCCUACUCUAUACCUGGUACCAAUUUACUUUUCAAAGUGAAUGUUUGUGUACUAAUAUUUCAAAA